GCAGCAGCAGCUGAUCAAGCGAACGGGUUGCGCUAUUUCUUCAGAGACCACCGAGCUCAAACAAACGGUCUCAGGAACGCCGAUGGCUCGUUUCUGGUUUCGACGCCUACGACGUGCCGACGACGGCGGGCCCAUCUACACGCUCGAGCUGAACAGCCCGUCUCCACCGGUAGAAGAACCUGCCAGUUUGGACGCGGUGCACUUUGGCAGGAAGGGCAGCAUCGAAGACCGCAGCGCUCUCAUCCUUGCGGUCGUGGUGGCGCUGCUGGCCGUAAUCACUAUCGGCUUCGCCCUGGCAGUAAUCUUUACGGAGCACACGUCAGUGGCCUCGCUCGAACCGUUGACUGACUUCGCGGCCUACAGGAGACAACCACUGAGCAGGGCAGAGCUUGCCAACCUUCGGACGGAGUACAAAUCAUCUCCCGGUACGAAUGGUGUAACGGCUGCGAGAGGCGCGAACAAUGCGAGCGGAAGCUCACGUGGUCAUCCACCUCCCCAGUCGCCGAGCACAAGGCAACAAUAA